AUGACGUACGAUAUGAUCAACGACAGCCACGGCAGCGGACUCACCAACCAGACGUACGAUACCAACAAAGACAGCCUAGGCAGCGGACUCAGUAACCAGACGUACGAUACCAACAAAGACAGCCUAGGCAGCGGACUCAGUAACCAGACGUACGAUACCAACAAAGACAGCCACGGCAGCGGACUCACCAACCAGACGUACGAUACCAACAAAGACAGCCACGGCAGCGGACUCAGUAACCAGACGUACGAUACCAACAACGACAGCCACGGCAGCGGACUCAGUAACCAAACGUACGAUACCAACAACGACAGCCACGGCAGCGGACUCAGUAACCAGACGUACGAUACCAACAACGACAGCCACGGCAGCGGACUCACCAACCAGACGUACGAUACCAACAACGACAGCCUCGGCAGCGGACUCACGAACCAGACGUACGACUCCUCGCUUGUCAACAAUAACAAAAAUGGCGACGCUCAUCAAUGUUGUUAUCAGUUCCUCGCUGGCAUUUCACACAGUUUAAAGGUCAGAUGGCGAUUUAAAAAUGGUCGCUUCCGUAAGACGCUCAUUAGUAUCCGGCAAAGGAUAAAGAAAUUUGGAGUUGAAAAAACAGUGAAUUAG